UAUGGAGAGUGAAGAAGAGGAACAGCAUGUCAAAGCUGGGAAAAAACACCAUUUACAGACUUCUGGUCGACUGACCUGCACUCAGUGUGGAAAGAGUUUGGGAAGCAAAAAGAGUCUUGAGAUUCACAUGAGGAUCCACACCGGAGAGAGACCAUUCACAUGUACUCAGUGUGGAACCAGUUUCAGCCAAUCAUCACAUCUUAAUAAACACAUGAGAAUCCACACCGGAGAGAAACCAUUCACAUGUAUUCAAUGUGGGAAGAGUUUCAGACAAUCAUCAAACCUUAAUCAACACAUGAGGAUCCACACUGGUGAGAAACCAUUCACAUGUACUCAGUGUGGGAAGAGUUUCAGCCACUUAUCAUCCUUUAAUAGACACAUGAUGAUCCACACUGAAGUCAACCCAUUCAUAUGUACUCGGUGUGGGAAGUGUUUCAGAGACUCGUCAAACCUUAAUCAACACAUGAUGAUCCACACUGGAGAGAAACCAUUCACAUGUAUUCAGUGUGGGAAGAGUUUCAGACACUCACCAUCUCUUAAUCAACACAUGAUGAUCCACACUGGAGAGAAACCAGUCGCAUGUACUCAGUGUGGAAAACGUUUCAGACAAUCAUCAAACCUUAAUAAACACAUGAGGAUCCACACUGGAGAGAAACCGUUUACAUGUACUCAGUGUGGGAAGAGUUUCAGCCAAUCAUCACACCUUAAUGAACACAUGAAGAUCCACACUGGUGAGAAAACACACAAAUGUGAUCACUGCAGCAAAACAUUUUUGAGGGCUUCACAUCUGAAGCUUCACAUGAGGAUCCACACCAGAGAGAAACCAUUCACAUGCACUCAGUGUGGAAAGAGUUUCAGACACUCAUCACACCUUAAAAAACACAUGAGGAUCCACACUGGAGAGAAACCCUUCACAUGCACUCAGUGUGGAAAGAGUUUUAGACACUCAUCAGAUCUUAAUAUACACAUGAGGAUCCACACUGGAGAAAAGCCAUACACAUGCACUCAGUGUGGAAAGAGUUUCAGACACUCAUCAGAUCUUAAUAUACACAUGAGGAUCCACACUGGAGAAAAGCCAUACACAUGUACUCAGUGUGGGAAGAGUUUCAGACACUCAUCACAACUUAAAAAACACAUGAGAAUCCACACUGGAGAGAAACCAUUCACAUGCACUCUGUGUGGAAAGAGUUUCAGACACUCAUCAGAUCUUAAUAUACACAUGAGGAUCCACACUGGAGAAAAGCCAUACACAAGUACUCAGUGUGGAAAGAGUUUCAGACACUCAUCAUAUCUUAAUAUACACAUGAGGAUCCACACUGGAGAAAAGCCAUACACAUGUACUCAGUGUGGAAGGAGUUUCAGACACUCAUCACACCUUAAAAAACACAUGAGGAUCCACACUGGAGAGAAACCAUUCACAUGUACUCAGUGUGGGAGGAGUUUCAGAGACUCAUCAAACCUUAAUCAACACAUAAUGAUCCACACUGGUGACAGACCAUUAACAUGUACCCAGUGUGGGAAGAGUUUUAGAGACUCAUCACAACUUAAUCAACACAUGAUGAUCCACACCGGAGAGAAACCAUUCACAUGUUCUCAGUGUGGGAAGAGUUUCAGAGACUCAUCAACCUUUAAUGAACACAUGAUGAUUCACACUGGAGCGAAAACAUUCAUAUGUUCUCAGUGUGGGGCGAGUUUCAACCAACCAUCAUCCCUUAAUCAGCACAUGAGGAUCCACAACGGAGAGAAACUACUCACAUGUCCUCAGUGUGGGAAGUGUUUCAGUUACUUAUCAAACUUAAAUAAACACAACAUGAUCCACAAAGGAGUGAAACCAUACAUAUGUAUUCAGUGUGGGAAAAGUUUUAGCCAAUCAUCAUCCCUUAAACAACACACAAGGAUCCACACCGGAGAGAAACCAUUCACAUGUACUCAGUGUGGGAAGAGUUUCUCCCAACCAUCAUCCCUUAAUCAACACAUGAUGAUCCACACCGGAGAGAAACCAUUCACAUGUACUCAGUGUGGGAAGAGUUUCAGCCUAGCAUCACGCCUUACUCAACACAUGUUGAUCCACACCGGAGAGAAACCACACAAAUGCGAUCACUGCAGCAAAACAUUCUUAAGUGCUUCACAGCUGAAGAUGCAUCUUGCAGUUCAUAGAAACGAGAAGCCUUAUUCAUGUUCUGUGUGUGAAAAGAGCUUUACAUUGGAGUCCAAAUUAAAAAGGCACCAGAAGUCCCACACUGCUGUGAGACAGUAUCUGUGCUUUGAGUGUGAGAAGACUUUUAUUACAGCUACACAACUGAAACUGCACGAGAGGAUUCACACUGGAGAGAAACCUUUCAAGUGUUCACACUGCGACAAGAGAUUGAAUCAGUCAGGAUCCCUAAAAUCACAUGAGAGGAUUCACACUGGAGAGAAGCCGUACACAUGUGAUCAGUGUUCUCAGAGUUUCACAUACCCAGAGCAGCUUAAGAAACACAUGAAAAUCCACACUGGAGAAAAAAAGAAACCAUUCAAGUGUACUCGGUGUGGAAAGAGUUUCCAAUACUCAUCAAACCUUAAUUUACACAUGAGGGUCCACACCGGAGAAAAACCAUUCACAUGCACUCAGUGUGGAAAGAGUUACAAACACUCAUCACACCUUAAUCAACACAUGAGGAUCCACACUGGAGAGAGACCAUUUACAUGCACUCAGUGUGGAAAGAGUUUCAGAGACUCAUCAAACUUAAAUAAACACAUGAUGAUCCACACUGGAGAGAGACCAUUCACAUGUACCCAGUGUGGAAAGAGUUUCAGAGACUCAACACACCUUAAUAAUCACAUGAGGAUCCACACAGGUGAGAAGCCAUUCACAUGUACUCAGUGUGGGAAGAGUUUCAGACAUGUAUCAAGCUUUAAUAAACACAAGAUGAUUCACACUGGAGCGAAACCAUUCAUAUGUUCUCAGUGUGGGGCGAGUUUCAACCAACCAUCAUCCCUUAAUCAGCACAUGAGGAUUCACACCGGAGAGAAACCAUUCACAUGUCCUCACUGUGGGAAAUGUUUCAGACACUCAUCAAAUUUUAAUAAACACAAGAUGAUUCACACCGGAGAGAAACCAUACGCAUGUAUUCAGUGUGGGAAGAGUUUUAGUCACUCAUCACACCUUAAUCGACACAUGAGGAUCCACACUGGAGAGAAACCAUUCACAUGUUCUCAGUGUGGGACGAGUUUCGCCCAACCAUCAUCCCUUAAUCAACACAUGAUGAUCCACACUGGAGAGAAACCAUUCACAUGUACUCAGUGUGGGAAGAGUUUCAGCCUAGCAUCACGCCUUAAGAAACACAUGUUGAUCCACACCGGAGAGAAACCACACAAAUGUGAUCAAUGCAGCAAAACAUUCUUAAGUGCUUCACAGCUGAAGAUGCAUCUUGCAGUUCAUAGAAACGAGAAGCCUUAUUCAUGUUCUGUGUGUGAAAAGAGCUUUACAUUGGAGUCCAAACUAAAAAGGCACCAGAAGUCCCACACUGCUGUGAGACAGUAUCUGUGCUUUGAGUGUAAGAAGACUUUUAUUACAGCUACACAACUGAAACUGCACGAGAGGAAUCACACUGGAGAGAAACCUUUCAAGUGUUCACACUGCGACAAGAGAUUUAGUCUGUUAGGAUCCCUAAAAUCACAUGAGAAGGUUCACACUGGAGAGAAACUGUACAAGUGUUCACAGUGUAGCAAGAGGUUUAGUCAUUCAGGAACCCUGAGCAGACAUGAGAGGAUUCACACUGGAGAGAAGCCGUACACAUGUGAUCAGUGUUCUCAGAGUUUCACAUACUUGGAGAAGCUUAAGAAACACAUGAAAAUCCACACUGGAGAAAAGCUGCACAACUGCACUCAGUGUGGAAAGAGUUUAAGAACCAAAAAGAGUCUUAAGCUUCACAUGAGGAUCCACACCAGAAAAAAUCCAUUCACAUGCACUCAGUGUGGAAAGAGUUUCCAAUACUCAUCACAUCUUAAUAAACACAUGAGGAUCCACACCGGAGAGAAACCAUUCACAUGCACUCAGUGUGGAAGGAGUUUCAGACACUCAUCACAUCUUAAUAAACACAUGAGGAUCCACACCGGAGAGAAACCAUUCACAUGCACUCAGUGUGGGAAGAGUUUCAGAGACUCAUCAACCUUUAAUAAUCACAUGAUGAUCCACACUGGCGACAGACCAUUAAAAUGUACCCAGUGUGGGAAGAGUUUCAGAGACACAUCAACCUUUAAUAAUCACAUGAUGAUCCACACUGGUGAGAAACCAUUCACGUGUACUCGGUGUGGGAAGAGUUUCAGACACUUGUCAACCUUUAAUAAACACAUGAUGAUUCACACUGGAGCGAAACCAUUCAUAUGUUCUCAGUGUGGGGUGAGUUUUAGCCAACCAUCAUCCCUUAAUCAGCACAUGAGGAUCCACACCGGAGAGAAACCUUUCACAUGUACUAAGUGUGGGAAGAGUUUCAGACACUCAUCAAACUUUAGUAAACACAAGAUGAUCCACACCGGAGAGAAACCAUACGCAUGUCCUCGGUGUGGGAAAAGUUUCAGUCACUCAUCACACCUUAAUCGACACAUGAGGAUCCACACUGGAGAGAAACCAUUCACAUGUUCUCAGUGUGGGAAAAGUUUCUCCCAACCAUCAUCCCUAAAUAAACAUAUGAUGAUCCACACCGGAGAGAAACCAUUCACAUGUACUCAGUGUGGGAAAAGUUUCAGCCUAGCAUCACGCCUUACUCAACACAUGAAGAUCCACACCGGAGAGAAACCACACAAAUGCGAUCACUGCAGCAAAACAUUUUUAAGAGCUUCAAAGCUGAAGGUCCAUCUUGCACUUCAUAGAAACGAGAAGCCUUAUUCAUGUUCUGUGUGUGAAAAGAGCUUUACAUUGGAGUCCAAAUUAAAAAGGCACCAGAAGUCCCACACUGCUGUGAGACAGUAUCUGUGCUUUGAGUGUAAGAAGACUUUUAUUACAGCUACACAACUGAAACUGCACGAGAGGAUUCACACUGGAGAGAAACCUUUCAAGUGUUCACACUGCGACAAGAGAUUUAAUCAGUCAGGAUCCCUAAAAUCACAUGAGAAGGUUCACACUGGAGAGAAACUGUACAAGUGUUCACAAUGUAGCAAGAGGUUUAGUCAUUCAGGAACCCUGAGAAGACAUGAGAGGAUUCACACUGGAGAGAAGCCGUACACAUGUGAUCAGUGUUCUCAGAGUUUCACAUACCCAGAGCAGCUUAAGAAACACAUGAAAAUCCACACUGGAGAAAAGCUGCACAAAUGACGUCAAUGCAGCAAAAUGGUCUCUCCAGUGAAAAGGUGUUUUAUGUCUGAACAUCAGAUAAUUCUGGUGUGAGAGAUUGAGUUUGGAAGGUAGAGAAAUUGAUUUGGGAAUCAUCAAUGAACAGAGUAAGAGAUUGAGCAAUUGGUCUGUAAUGACAUGGUCAUUAGGAUCAGCACCAGCCUAUUUGAAUAUUGGAGCGAUUACUAUAGCUGUAAUAAUGGAUGAGACUGAAUUGAUGGAAGACCUUACCAGAACCUUUCCAGUGGCAUUGCCAUAAAAGUUCUGUAAAGGGGAAAAAAUGAUGUUACAUGUGAAUAUAAGCAAAUAUUAGAUCAUUAUACAUCCAUAGUACACUGACAAUUUGUUUUCAUUAUUCUUAUUUAUGUGGUUAUUACAAUAUUAUAUUUUCUUCUUACCUCCCUUCCAGUCUUUCCUGUCUGUCGCAUUAUCAAUCUCUUUGGUUGGAGUCUAAACUUCUAGGUCCAUUAAUGCACAGACAUUCAGUCAUCACAGGCUACACAUAUCAUGAUCAACAUCAGCAUUUUAGCAAUCAGGACCGGUGGGUGUAGAUCAGAUAUUCAGAAUUCAACAGUGAUGUUGGACCGCAAGCAUCAGUCAUCCAUUGUAAAAUUACAUGCUAAACAGCAAUGUUUUUUAUAACGUAAUAUUCCCUAAGCUUAAUUUGUUGUUUUAUGCAUCUAGGAUAAUUUUUCUAUAAUGUAGGGAUGCACGAUAUAUCGGUGACCAUAUCGUUAUCGGCCGAUAAAUGCUAUUUUUAAGAUUAUCGUUAUCGAUCUAAUGUCUAAAUAAGGUCGAUAUCUUUAAGCCGAUAAAUUACGUAACUGUACAGAACUGCCUGCCUCGCGCAUGCGUAGGUGGAACUUGUUCAGACUUGUCCAGUGUACUAUAAUGGAGCUCUCCUCAAAGUCACAUUGUUUUUUCCUUCAAAGUCUGUCCAUUCUUUAUGUGGUAUUGCUGUGCGUUAAUAACUCAGUAAGUAACCACGUUCCAUAUCAUUGUAGAUAUGUUUGAUAGAGUUUCAAUGUGUAUUUUGCUUUAAAUCGCCUCAGGAAAAAAAUUACAUGUGUAAAUAUAACAGCAGUCAUGCACACGUGCUAAACAACUUGGUGGAUUGUUUGUAAUCUAAUAUGAUUAUUUGUUAUAAUAAAUGCGUUGCUUGCCA